UCGGAAAGGGGAGGGAUGAAGAUGCGGAGGAAGAGGAGGAAGAGAGGCAUAUCCAAGACAACAACGGGACAAAGAUGGCGAACACAUCCGCGGGCGGGACGGCCCCCCGAAAACCUCGCCGAAGGUUCGAGCCCCCGUUCGUCGGCAUCGGGAUGAGCGGCGAAUGGACGCGGCGCAAGGCCGAGCGUCGACGGCGCACGGCUAUGCUUCAUCUCAAUGAGGAACUGGUCGUAGGUCCACGAUUGGACCUGUGCAAAUGUGUGGACCCCACCUGAGUGAGGAGACAUGUUGGAUCGGAAGGUGCUCCUCCCAGCUGACUGAUUGAAUGACAGCCGGAAUGAGGAGGUUGACAGGCGGCGCGCUCUCCCGGUGCCGCCGUGGGUGGAGAAGUGGACGGGAACCCCAGUGAACUCAUGGGAGGUUAGAAACUGGAGGGUGAAUUGUUUGUCUGCAAAAUCAUCGCUACAGGGGCAAGCGUGACCUCUGCUGCGCGCAACCAGAGUCAUGAGCGUUGUCAGGGACUUACACGGGAUCGGCUUCAGAGGCGGCGGCGGCGGGGUGGCGGCCCCGCUGAGCGCCCCGGCCCACUUCACGGAGGAUGCCCCGCGGCCGCCGGUCCCCGGCGAGGAAGGCUCUGACGUGGAGCCGCCCGCGCAGUCGGCGGCCACCCGACCGGGCGCACUCUCGCAAACUUUUCCGCUUUCCAUAUCCGCCAAGAUGGCCGACUCCUCGGGCUAUGCGCCCUCCUCCUCGUCAUCCGCGACACCGCGCCGCCCUGACCUGGACCUAGGCUACGAACCGGAGGGCUCGGCGUCUCCCACGCCGCCCUACUUGAAGUGGGCCGAGUCGCUCCACUCGCUGCUGGACGACCAGGAGGGCAUCCAGCUGUUUCGCAACUUCCUGUGCCAGGAAGGCUGCGCCGACUUGCUGGAUUUCUGGUUCGCUUGUUCGGGAUUCCGCAAGACGAGUUCGGAGAAGCGGCCUAAACUGGCCAAGGCCAUCUACAAAAAAUACAUUGUGGACGGUGGCGGCAUCGUCUCCAGGCAAAUCAAGCCGGCCACUAAGAGUUUCAUACGAGACUGCGUAGGGAGGCCGCAUCCUGACCCUGCCAUGUUUGAGCAGGCCCAGACAGAGAUCCAAGCCACGAUGGAGGAAAAUACUUACCCUCUGUUCCUCAAGUCUGACCUGUACUUGGAAUACACGCGCACUGGUGGCGAGAGUCCUAAGCUGAACCCCAGCGACCAGAGCCCGUCAUCAGGGCCCGUCAAGCCUGUACCGGGCUGCUUGCCCACUCUGACGGAAGAUGAGGAGUGGAGGUGCGGGAGCGGGCAGAGAGAAGCGGAGCAAGAGAAAGAGGAGUGCGGAGAUACGCCGGCGGGGAGGCUGACCCACAGCUUGCUAAUGCAGACCGUACCGCAGAGGACCUCCAACAACAGGCGGCGGCAAGACACUCGGGAGUACAGGCCCUUGAGAGAGCCGGUGAACCCUUACUACGCUAACAUGGGUUAUGCCCGCGCCCCUGCCACCAGCGCUAACGACAGUGAGCAGCAGAGCAUGUCUAGUGACGCUGACACUCUGUCGCUGACCGACAGCAGCGUAGAUGGUAUUCCUCCUUACCGAUAUCGGAAGCAGCAUCGCAAGGAGAUGCAUGAAAGUGCCAAAGCUAACGGACGUGUGCCCCUACCUCAUAUACCUCGCACGUAUCGCAUGCCAAAGGACAUCCACGUAGAGCCCGAAAGAUUUGCAGCUGAGCUCAUCAGGCGGCUGGAGAUGGUUCUUCGGGAACGUGACGCCGAGGAGCGACUGGAAGAGAGAUUGAAGAGAGUUCGACUGGAAGAAGAGGGGGACGAAGCCGACAUCUCUGUCACCACGUCCAUGUCGUCGCACAGCAUAACGCUUCCGCUCCCUUCGUCUUUCCCACCACUCUAUGGAGCCCAUUACUCGGAGACCACUGCCAACACGGUGGCCGUCACCACCUACGGCGGUCUGGUGGCCAUGGAGGACUCUCACGAUGACGACCCGGAGUCCAUUUUGGAUGACCAUGUACAGCGGGUAAUGAAGACGCCAGGCUGCCAGUCGCCGGGCGCCACCAACGUGGCCUUGGGAGGUUGUGGCCGUCAGACACCGCCCAAAUCAUCGCGGUCCCCCGACGGGGGCAUCGGACCACCUCACUACCCGACGCACAGAGUGGGAGGACACAGUCUGCCUCCUGCCGGGGUCAAAGGUAUGCAUCACCACAAGCAGCUAUACCACCACCGAGGACGAGAAGGUCAGGAAGAGGGGGGAUCCAGGUCGCAACCCAACUUCCUCUGGAACGGCGAGGCAGCCGCUCAGUACGCGGCCAGGAGUCGCAACUACGGCGCCGGUGCCAGCACCAUGGAUGGAAUGGGCUACAAUAGUAAAGGAAGCACCCUGUCGAGGCGAGGCAAGAAAACGUCAGAAGUGUCUGGCAAGGGUGACGACUGUGGCCGUGGGAUGGACACACAGGUGCCGCUGGAGGACCUGGAAAGGAACCAAAAGAUCCUCCAGUGGAUGAUGGAGGGAGACAGACAGAGGAAAAGUUCCCACGGCGGUAGCACCAGCAGUUCCCGGCGAACAGGGGGCAGUAGCGAGUCGCCGCGGCCCACCUCGGUGGAGCGCCCGGGCGCUGUCCACCCAUGGGUGUCAGCCCAGCUACGCAACAACCCGUCCUCGGUGCCGCCUGCCCUCAUGGCACACCCUUCCUCUGUGGCGUCCACGCAGGUCCAGCCUUCUCAUCCCUUCAUCCAGGACCCCGCCAUGCCGCCCAACCCGGCGCCCAACCCUCUCACGCAGCUGGAGGAGGCCCGGCGCCGGCUAGAGGAGGAGCGCCACUGGGUGGCCAUGCAGCAGGCUAAGCAAAGGCACAAAUCUGGAAAGAGGCAAGUGUGCGAGAACAUGACUGUGGCCUACUAUUUCUGUGGAGAGCCCAUCCCGUACCGGACCUCCGUCAAAGGCCGAGUGGUGACUUUAGGCCAGUUCAAGGAGCUGCUCACCAAAAAGGGCCACUACAGGUUUUACUUCAAGAAGGUGAGUGACGAGUUUGACUGCGGCGUGGUGUUCGAGGAGGUGCGCGACGACGACGCCAUCCUUCCCAUCUUCGAGGAAAAGAUCAUCGGCAAGGUGGAGAAGGUGGACUGAAUAGCGUUACAGAAGGUCGGGAAAAACGGAAGGUGAAGCAGCACGUGGAGCUCGAAGGGAUAUCUCGGUAAAAGUGAGGAUUCGUUACCUUGUCUAAAAUGGCCGCAGCCGUGGACAAAAAAUGGCAGGGGAAGACGUCGACUCCCGCCGGUUCUCCAGACCGUUAUUCACGAUGCUGCUACAUAACCACGGAAACCGUAGACAACUUAAAACCUUAAACCUAACGUUAGGUGCUCGGCGGGCCACGGCGGAUCAAAGGGAAGUAAGCGUGCAACUCCGCAGCUGCAUUUGCGGGACGUCAAGUGGGCGAGCGGUCAUCGAUGGCGACAAGUUCUCUACAUAGUUCGUUUACCAACCAAAGCUACGUUUUGUUUUGUUGUGUUUAAAUGUUUAUUUGAAUUGUGUAUGUACAAGGCAUGGUACUAUUAAUUAACACAGCCUAGUUUGGACAUAUCUUAAAGCGUAAUGUCGUAUUAUCGUGUAUGUUUUUGUUUUCUCUUGCUUUUAGCUAUUUCUGUUCUUUCCUGCCGCCUUGGCCCCAAUUCGGUUCCUUUCACAAGUUUGUACGUAUCAUUUCUUAAGUUGUUCUCACACACAAAAAAAGAAAUGAAGUCGCUUGGAAAGUUCGCCCUGUCUAGCCAAAGAACACAACGUUGCAUCCCGCUAACCCGAAGGAGUUGAUAAAACAAACGUGGAAUGUUCUCCAAAAUCACGAAAAAUUGGUAAAUUUGACGAUUAGCAUUUUGUGACUUGCUGCUGAAAAUGCAAUUUCGCUGUCCGAUAAACAGCAUUUACGUAUUUUUUUCCCCUCAUAACUUCAGUUUGUUGUUUUUGAUAAACAUGUAAAUGCUUAAAUACAAAAGCAUGCAUGUCUGAAUUUCCACAGUUUUUGAGUUGUUGGAAAGCAAACAACUGUCCGUUAAAAAGCAUGCUUGUUUUUUUCCUUUUUAUCACUGUUUUUGGAGGGAGGUUAUGUCUGAUUAAAAAUGCUAGCAAAUUCGUAUGCCCACUACAGACAGAUAUAUUUGUGACUGCAAUACAUGUAGGCUUGUGUAGGCAUGAAACAUUAGCUAGAUAACGUGUUACUGUAAUUUUCGCACUAUAAGGCACACCUGGUUUUUAGCCGCCACCCACCAAAUGUGACACAAAAACUGCUUUUCUUCGUAGAUAAGCCGCACUGGACUUUAAGCUGCAGCUGUCCUCAAUGUAUUAUGGAAUAUAUACACCAAGAUACUAACUGGUAACACUAUGUUUGAUAGCGGCAAUAUAUGACUGUCAUAUGACUAAAUGUACCACCAUUAAGCUUUGAAUCAAUUAGCUGCAAAGCUUCAUUUGGCCAUCACUCCUCCCUUUGGGGUAGGGUUGGGCAUCGAGCAUCGAUAGGAACCGGUUCUAACAUUCCGAUGCUCCCGGAAUCUUUCGAACUUUUAAAUUUCGAUUCCUCGUUUCGAUGCCCUGCGUGCCGAGCGGAAAAAUAUUGCUCGAGUUCAAAGACUAAUAUUUAUAUAAGAGUUAAAAUUAGCCCCGUGAGAAGUUCAUUUUAUUUAAAAAAUCAUCGAGAAGUUAAGACAUUAAUAUAAACGAUGCAAUUUUUUUGACCCUGCAUUUUUUUUUUUUUUUUAAUACCAUGCCUCUUAAAAGAAUCGGAAUUCAAGAAUUGUUCGGAACCGGAAUCAAAAGGUGGAAUCUGAAUCUGAACCCGGAUUGUUCAAUUUCAAACGAUGCCCAACCCUACUUGGGGGAGACAGUCAACCUCUACUGCCGCCUACUGUCAACCCUGUUGUCUAUCUUGCCUCCUAGCAUGCAUUGCAGCACUACAGAUCGAAAUAACAAUCAAAAUUCAUGUUAUGUGCUAAUUAUUUAUGAAGUUACUGUUCCAAUUGUUUCUUUAAUUUCUCGUUAUGGUAUCUAGUAACACUUCAUUAGACAGUGGCGCCAUAAGACCAUCAUAAUUAUGACAUUACACUUCCAUGAGCAUUAAUGAAUGCUUAUGACAGAUGUCAUUUAGUGUUAUAUGGCAAAUUAUCUCACUUUUGAAUGGAUGUAAAACAUCCGAACUGGACAUAAAUGGAGUUGGUACCAUCAUUUGCCGAAUGACACUUAAAUCACAUCUGUCAUAAGCAUUCAGUAAUGCCCAUGAUAGUGUCAUGACAUAAUUAUGACUGUUUUAUGACAGUCAUGACUCCACUGUCAAAUGAAGUGUUACUAAAUACCAUUACUAGCAAUUAAUGAAACAACUGGAACAGUAACUGAAGGAAUAAUUAGCACAGAACAGGAAUUUCAAUUGUUAUUUAGAUCUGUAGCGCUGCAAUGCAUGCUAGGAGGCAUGGGUUACAUAUUAACCCAAAUAAUUCUACAAAUAAGCCAUAUUGGACUAUAAAGGACUAUAAAAGGAUUACAAAUAAAGGAAAAAAGUAGCAGUUUAUAGUCCGAAAAUUAUGGUAUCCUAUUUUGCUAUUGGUUUCAAGCAUUGAGCGAAGACUUGACUGCUUGAUUUUUUCCGAUUUUGUACCCUCAUUUGCUUGCCUUUUUUAAAUCAUUCAAAUUUGGCAAGUUGGUUCACCACACUAUUUGUCGUGGGUCAAAUUUUGAUGUGUUUGUCAGUUUUGCAGUUGUCAUGUCAUGUUAAAACCCUUGAUUCUUAACUCGAUGCGAGAAGAAAAAUAUCGUCGCUGACUGACAAAAAAGCGUGUGUCUACGACCUUUCUGCUUUAUAACAAUAAUUUCAUAUUAUCUUUUGGAGUAAUAAUGUAAGAGUACAAAAAACAAGGUACAUCUACCAAGCUAGCUUUGUUUUUUCUUCAUAUGAAUCAAUGCUAAUAAGCUAAUUUAUUUUUAUUUGAGAAGCAUUUUGGUUUGCCUUUCAUGUUUUUCUUUCAUGGUUUUCAGCAGUGAGGAAAAUGGCUAGCUAGCAAGUGUUUUUUUUUUAACAGAAAUAUUUUUGUAUUCAUGUUUCAUAGAAAAAGCACAAAAAUUGGUUAUGCAUUUAUGCUUUUUAACGGACAGAUAUUUGCUUUUUCUACUUUGAACAGGAUGACGAGAGCUAGCAACAAGUUUUUAAUGCAUCUAUAUGCACAUUUUGUAAGUUUGUUGUGAUUUUUUUUUUUUUUUUUUUUUUUUUUUUUUUUGGGAGAACCAAACCAAAUUUUUUUCCUUUCAGAUAAAUGGCAAAAAUUUGGUUUUUUUUAAAAAAUCAGACCGCACAUGUAUUUCUUUUUUUGACUUUCAGUCUGACAAUAAGCUUACAGGCAUCUGGCAUUUUUAACAAUUUUCGGAUAUUGCCCCAACAAUUUAUAAAUUGGGCUAGCAAUAAAGUCAUCCCGUCGUGACAAAAAAAAAUCUUUGUAUGCCUGAGAACUCUAAAUUAAAAAAGCUGAAUGUAUUUUGUUUUCUAAAUCGAAUGUAUGCAGAUGUGCGGGAGUGGAUGUAAAGUGUUUACGUUAAAAAAAAAAAAAAAGUGCAGUUGAAUGUGGACCUCCUAACAAGUUGGCGGGAAGAAACUGACGUGAUGCCAACUUGACUUCAAUGCCUUGAUAGGAUUUUUUAAAAAAUGAUUUGUUUAUUAAGAGAGGAUUUGAAUAAUCACCUAGCAUGUCCUGUACAUUAUGACGGCCUUGCCCAUGUUUUUUGUUUUUUUUGGGGGGGAUGCUAGCUAACACCUCUGUCCUGUUUGUGAAAAACACAGUGCCUUUUUGUCAUAUCUUUAAUUUUGUUUCUAGGACAAAAUUCAUGAAUUUAAUGUUUUCAUUGUUAUUUGCUUAUUUUUCUUUCCCUUUUUGAAGCUUCAGACAUGCUAAGCUAACUUGUCAUUCUCAUAGCCAGUCUGCUGUAAAUAUGUACAUUAUCUUAAUUUCAUACACGCGCCACCGCAAGUUGUCACUGUGCCGGUUCCACUUGUACAUUUUUUUUUUUUUUUUUUUUUAAAGGUACUUCAUGAAUAAAGAUGUUGGAUUAAGA